UGAGCGCGUCACUUCCUGCUGCUGCCAGGCGCGUCCUCCCGCGCGCUAUGACGGCCAGCGGAAAGCUGCCCGGGCGGCGGCCCGGAGUCGGAGUCGGAGUCGUGGUGACCAGCUGCAAGCAUCCGCGUUGCGUCCUCCUGGGGAAAAGGAAAGGCUCGAUUGGAGCUGGCAGUUUCCAACUCCCUGGAGGUCAUCUGGAGUUCGGUGAAACCUGGGAAGAAUGUGCUCAAAGGGAAACCUGGGAAGAAGCAGCUCUUCACCUGAAAAAUGUUCGCUUUGCCUCAGUUGUGAAUUCUUUCAUUGAGAAGGAGAAUUACCAUUAUGUUACUGUAUUAAUGAAAGGAGAAGUGGAUGUGACUCAUGAUUCAGAACCAAAGAAUGUAGAGCCUGAAAAAAAUGAAAGUUGGGAGUGGGUUCCUUGGGAAGAACUACCUUCUCUGGACCAGCUUUUCUGGGGACUGCGUUGUUUAAAAGAACAAGGCUAUGAUCCAUUUAAAGAAGAUCUGAAACAUCUGGUGGGAUACAAAGGAAAUCAUCUCUAGGUGGUCGAGAAGAUUUGAUUUUCUUUAAAAAGAUAAGAAUAAGGUCUGGUUAGGGAAUGAAAAAUGUCUACAUUUUGGAACAACUCCAUUUUAUCUAAAAAAGUUCUUGUGAUUGCCAGUUUAUUUGCAGUCUCUUAAUGUAUCCACCACUCUUUCAGCCAGUACUUGAGAAAAUUUUUCCGCAAUAUGUCAUUGAAUUGUAUUCCAGACACAGAAUAUAUGAUAAAUACUGAUAUUAUGGGUAAUCUGCUUUCCAUAUUUACCUGUGAUAUUUACUGUGCAGUUUGUCAUUACUAGCUUGCAUGGAGUAGGAUGCAAUCAAAUUUGCCUUAGUGUUUCUGUUUAAAUAGAGACCUGAAUUCAAAUAUUGUAGUUUAGGUUCAAACAGAGUAUGCCUAUUGCAAAAUUUACCAAUUUGUUGAUUACCUCUUUUAUUAAAGAAAUGUUGGGGAGAGGGUAAUGUAUUGUGACAAUUUUUGCAACUUACAGGGAAUAGGACAGGUCAUUAGGGUGUAUUUCCCAGGUUUCCAAUUGAGAACCUAAACCAAGAGAAGUGAGACAAACCAUCUAAUAUCUGUAUCCGGCUAUUAAUAGGCUGUGAUGCUGAGUUUCUCACUUACUCUUUCUGAGGUCCAGGGUCCUUAUAUGUAAAAUGAAGAGAUUCAUCUAGAGCAGUGGUUGUCAAAGUGUGGUCUGUGGGGGCCUCAAGAGCCUUUCAAGGGUAUUCUAGGUCAAAGCUGUUUUUAUAACACUAAGACAUCAUUUCAUCAUUUAUAGUUUUUCCUUUUUUUUAUUUGAGAAGGAGUCUUGCUCUGUUACCCACACUGGAGUGCAGUGGCACGAUCUCAGCUCAUUGCAGCCUCUGCCUCCUGGGUUCAAGCAGUUCUCCUACCUCAGCUUCCGGAGUCGCUGGGAUUACAGGCACCCACCACCACACCUGGCUAAUUUUUGUAUUUUUAGUGGAGACAGGGUUUCACCAUGUUGGCCAGGCUGGUCUGGAACUCCUGAGCUCAAGUGAUCUGCCCACCUCAGCCUCCCAAAGUGCUGGGAUUACAGGUGUGAGCCACCAUGCCCAGCCAUCAUUUAUCUUUUUCACUCAUUUUUUCAUGAGUGUGCAGAGGAGUUUUCAAGAGGCUAUCUGGUGUGAUAUUGUAAUAGGCUGAAUGCAAAAGCAGAUAUGAGAUUCCAGCUUUCGUCUGUCAUCAGACAUUGAAGAGAUUUGGAGAAAUGUAAAGCAGCAGUACUCUUCUCACCAAUGAUUUUUGUUGUGGUUGGUUAGAAAAAUAGUUAUUUUUAGUGGGUUUUAAUAUGUGAAAAAAUAAAAAUAGCCAUUUGUCAAAAAUGUUAUUUAUGUGUUUAUACGUACUCAGUUUUUGUUACUUGUAAAUGAUUAAUAAAAAUUUUAAGAAA